UAUUAUUCGACUACCGUAACUGUAAUGGUAAUCAAAAUAAUAUUAUCUUUGCCUGAAACUAAACCAAAAGCCAAGCUUAGAGGAUCUGCCUAACUUAAUUCAAAUGCUGAUAGGAGGUAUACGUGUGUAUUCAAUAAACAUGGUUGCAGAAGGCAGAUUGAGGGACAUUAAACGAAGAGAAGAAAAGAGUGGAUCAAUACACUCGAAAUUAUAGUUCAUCUUACACUGGAGCAUUUAACAUUCCUUGGUCUGUUGCCACUGAAUGUAGGGUCAUCAAACGAUAUUUGCCAAAAUGGCUUGGAGGCGAGAAAAUCUGCGUUCUCGGCUGAUUUCAGCAAGAUCAAUUGAAGAGACUGGGCUAGAUUCUCUUUUUUAUGGGGAUGGUUUCUCGUAUUAUCCUCCUUAUUCAACAAUUCCAACCACCUUGGAGGGCUGCAGCACCACCUCAAGAAUCAACAAGAAUACAAUUACAAGCAGGGAUGCUCACCUUCCUAGAAAAGGUGCCUACCAAGAUAUCUGUUUCUCACACCAACAGAGUCUAAUUCCAGAUCAUGAGAAUAAGCAAAACUUCAUCAGUGACAACUCUCAAGUGCGAUGUUAUUGGGACAAGGAUGAUGCUUUUGAGAAUGAUCAAUUAAAGACUGGUAAAAGAAUAGCUGGAAUAAACCAUGGUGCAAAUGGAAGACCAGAUAAUUCCUCAGAGAAAACCAAAGAACAGAUAAAUCAUUGUGCAAAUUCUGCAUGGAAGGCUGAAAAAGUUUGUAGCACAAUUUUGCCUGUCCACAAGAAAUAUAUCAAGAAAAACAGUUCUCUUUUAUCAAACAAAAGGAAAUUAAAGGCAAAACGUCAUCAGAUAAACAAAAAUUUGCAAGAUAAAAACAUAGAAGAAAAUUCAGAUAGCCCUUUCAAUGAAUUGCUUGAUGAUGACAGAAGCACCAAACAGGAGUCUGUGGCUGAGAAACAGGAUGCAAGAUGGAAAUGCACUUUGAUCACUAAUAAAUCAGACAAUGCUGGAAUUUCAUCGAUCUCUCCGAAAUAUAAGAAUGCUUAUGAGUGUGAAAAAACAGUGCAUGGAUCUAGGGAUCUGAUAGUAAAUGACACCUUGCCUGCACAUUCGAUGAUUGAAUAUGAGAAAUCUGUUCUUAAAUUUGAUGCAAAGAAGUCAUCAUCUGAGUCUCUGUCAGAUGAUUGCAUAGAUAAUUCACUUGAGCAAAAUCAAGAUGCUCUUUCAUUAGAAUCAUCUGAAGGUGGUAGCCAGAAUGAGAUAGGUGUAGGUUUAUGUCUAGCAAGUGACAGGGAAAAGCUGAUUGCAAAGGAAGAAACAGAGCAACUUCUAAACAGACUGGAUGCCAAUGUUACACAUGGUAGGAAUUCUCUACCAGGUGCACGAACAAGGUGGAUGCGUCUGAAGAGUAAAAUUAACUUUGUUAAUAAGGGAGAUGCAGGAAGUAUUGGGGCAGUGGCAUUUGAAGGUGUCAGAACUUUAUCAAUAGGAAAACGAAAAGGUAGAAAAGGGAUGGAAGCAUUGCUUGUGAGACAGGACAAAGGAAUCAUUAGCUUUAUCCAAGACCUUUAUGUAGCCUGCUUGAAGCUCCCUAUAAUUCACUUCUUAAUAGGCGUCUUCCUUGUUCCAGUUGUUCUUGGGCUACUUUUCUCACUAUUAUACUUGUUGGAUAUUGAUGGCCUGAGUUUUGAUGGAGUAAUGAAUAAAGAUCCAGAGGGUGACUCUAUAGCAUCAACUAGACAUCGGUGUUUUACUUUACUGAAUGUAUUUCUUUAUGCGUUGUCACUUUCAACUACAUUUGGUGGAUCACCAGUUGCUGCCGUGUCUCCCUUUUGUCUUCUUGUGGCAAAUAUGAACACGUUGGCUGCCCAAUUUUUGUUUGUCUUUUUAAGUGGAGCUGUUUUUGCUCGCAUGUCUCAACCCUCGCAGCCUAUUCGGUGUUCUAGGAUAGCAAUAAUCAAAACAGAUGAUGUAACUAUCAAUCAAGGAGAGUACUCUGAAGAAAAAUUCAAGGUAUUUGCUAUAAGAUUGGUUCUUGGAGGACCAGCACCUUGUGAGCUUGUUGAUGUAAAGAUAUGCUUGACAUUCAGGAUUUUUAUCCAGCUUCCAAAUGGCUCCACGUUUUGCUCCACUCAAGAUUUGGACCUUGUUCGCUCAGAGGUUUCGUACCUUAGAUAUGGGCUGAUGGUUCGGCAUGUUAUGGACAAGAAGAGCCCUAUAUAUGGCCAUACCUUACAAAGUUUGCAUGAGGGAGACGCUUCAUUUUCACUAACUAUCAUGGGGCUGGAAAGGUCAUCUAUGCAACCUAUAUUUCACCUUGAGGAUUAUUUCGUGUGCGAUGGUGAUGUGGCAUGGGAUAGAGACUAUGUUGAUUUCAUUCAUACAAAUGCCAAGGGUCAACGCGUUCUAGAUCAUUCAAAGAUUGACCUCCUCAAGCCAGCUGAUAAUAAUGGAACUCAACCUACAUAAGUGGAGUAAAUAUGGUCUCAGUAUUUAUCCUGACAAAGGACAAUAUAAACAAUAUAAAGGAGAAUUUGAGAACCUGAUUUUUUUCUGUUUAUUAUCUAUCAUACCUUGUAUCUAUAUGUAUAUGAGAUAAUGAAACCCUGUACUAUGUAGCACAAUUAAAAUCAGAAUGUAAUUGAUAAUAAGGUAAAUUGCACUUUUCUGUAAUACUUCAAAGAAGUUGGGAUAAUAUUCCUCCAAUAUAUACGUAUUAAAUUUUGCCCCAAAUUAAUAUGUUAAGCAAUGAUUGGAAAUCUCA